AUGGUCCAAAGGAUCUUUGAAAAGAAUCCUCCAAAGUUCACGACAUUCACUGAAACUGCAAGGAAAAGUGCUCGCAAAGUCGCCUCGCGCUUGGAACUUCUGCAAAGCCCUGGGCACGUCGUGAGCGGCUUCACAGCUGCUAACUUGGAAGCCAUUCCUGAACCUUUGACCAAAGCUUCGGGAGGCUGUGGCUUCAUUAAUCAACGAGACCUGCAGCGGCUCACAGAGCAUUUGGGGACGAGAACUGAGAAAUUUAAGGCAGCGACCAGUGUCCAAGUGCGCAUCUUUGGGGCAAGCCCGCUUAGGCCCGCAGCUCAGGAGGAGUUCCGGCAGGAGGCCUUCGUGGUGGGCGUGGCAGAUCCCACGGGGCAGCUGCCGGAGGGGCAGAUCUUCAUCUCCGGUUUGCAGGAGCAGCUUUUGAGUCAAGGCAUGUCCGAAGUGCUGGUGACCCGUUGCCCAUGCGUUCGCCCGAGCGAUGGCAAGCGACUGCGUGUGGUAACCUGUCGUCCGCCAGGGAUGGCUGAAGAAGCUUGGCGCUUUUUGACGUCCCGCUCCUUUGGCGAAGUGAUCUUCCCCCGUGCCAGCGAUGUGGGGCUGCCGGAGCUGAUUGCUGAAGGAGAUUUGGAUGGGGACCUCUACUGGAUCUGCCACUUGGAAUGA